AUGGAAUCCAAUAUUAACUGCCAGCUCAUCCGAUACCUUGAGGACCGCCAAUACGGUUUUCGUCGGGGUCGAUCAGCUGGUGAACUUCUGGUCUACCUGACCCAUAGAUGGGCGGAGGCAGUAGAGUCCAAGGGGGAGGUGUUGGCCGUUAGUCUGGACAUUGCGAAGGCCUUCGAUCCGGUUAGGCACAAAGCGCUUCUUUCGAAGCUCCCUUCCUAUGGGCUUCCCGAGAAAUUGUGCAAUUGGAUCACCAGCUUCCUUGCAGAUCGGAGCAUCAAGGUCGUUGUAGACGGUGCAUGUUCUGACUACAAGUCUAUUAACGCUGCUGGUGUCCCUCAGGGCUCAGUAAUUUCUCCUCUCCUGUACAUUCUGUUCACCAACGACAUUCCCAUCCUGUCGAAUGGUGUUCAGCUCUCCCUCUUCGCAGAUGACACUGCCCUCUAUUGUAAGGGUACCUCGCUACCUUUCAUACGGAACAAGAUCUAA